UCAGCCAUGUGGGAGUACAACACCCUUACCCACCACACCACCUGCUGGCCACCCCUCACCCCCACCCCAUGUAACCAUUUUCUCAAGCCAACUUUCUUAUCAGAAAGCCAGUCCGUUGCUGGGACUGCUAGAUAUAAACCCUUUGCCUCCAGUCCCUCUUUGACAACCCAUCUGGGGCCCCUUCCACUAUACUGGAAGCUUUUUCUCCUUAAUAAGCCGCUUUCCUUUCUUCUCUGUGUUCAGGUCUCUAAUUCUUCAUGAGCAUAGGACGAGAACCAACAUGGGUGUUGGGCCCGAUCACCCGGACUCCCGCCAUAGUACCACCCCCACCAUCAUCUCCCGAACUGUUCAUGCAGAAGACAGGCUGGGCUCCCCUGGGUGGUUAUCUCCAAGAAAGGACUGAAAGGCAAGGCCAAAGGCCUCUCACUGGGGAUAGGUGGAUGGAGAGGAUAGGUAAUGUCCGGUCCAGAUAGGAGGCUCGGCGUCACCCUGGGAGUGUGUGGGGGAAGGAAGGCUGCUGCUGUUUUGAGUCCUCAGUGUGGCAUUUGGGUCACUGGUUCCGGCCAGGCCACUUCUCAUCGCCCUGGCACAGCCGUAGCCAUUGCCCACUGGCACUUGGUUGAUGCCCACCUAUAUUCCAUUUUCUAUUUCGAACUCAUUGGAUUGCAUGGCCUAGUGCACCCCAUUCUACUCCAUUUUCUGGCCUGAACUCACCUGGACUAUCCAUCAGGAUCUCCCACCCACUUCUUGGUUCAGGAGGAAGGAAGGGCUUCUGGCCUUAUCUGCCUCCCCCCUGCCAUAAGAGUGGCUUAUCUGAAGGCCUGGGAGGUGGGACUCUAGCCCUACCCAGCCUUCCCAGAGGUGAUAUACCUGGAUAACUUUCAAUUCCCUUGUUAAGGCUUCCGGAGACUCAGAGGCCAGCAACUGCAGAGAUCUGACAGGAGAUUCCUAUAACCGCCGUUUCUGUUGGUACCAGCACAAUGCCCAGCAUAUUUAAGGAAAUCACAAAAGUUGUUCUACAAGAGAUGAACGCAAAGGACAUGAUUGCUGUCCAAAGUCUUGUUGAUGCUGACAGGUUCUACUGCUUGUAUCUGGUGAGAGAGGAGAAGAGUAUCUGGGGGCGUCAAUAUUGCAGUACAGACAUCACCCUGCAGGACAUCCUGGAGGAAGAGGAGAGUAAAGGACUGUCUGAUGAGCGAGAUUCUGUGUUCCGAGGUGAAAAGACUGAGUUCGGUAUUGAGGACUCUGUGGACACAAAGGGAGAGGCCACAAUGAAAGUUUCUGGAGAAGUAACAAUCACAGGCAGUUUCCAGGGGUCCCAUGAGCUGAAACUCAAGCUCCUGUCAAAACGACUAUCUACACAAUAUCUGAAUACCCUUCAGAACAAGAAGCUGAAGAAGGACCUACCGGCUUCAUUCCAAUCAUUUCCAAAGGAAAAAAACUUGUACAUAGUGACAGAAACUCUGGAGACAGAAAAGGAGGAAACUCUGACAAGUAUUCGGCAGUAUAAACUUUGGGACAAGCUCUACCAGAUUGUUUUCGGCCUUGAACACAAGCACCGAAGGAAAUUGACCAUCCCCAGCAACAGGGUCCUCUGCUACCGAAUAAAGCAGCUUGUCUUCCCCACCAAGGACAGCAUGAGUAUUAAUCUCGGGGACGAAACAAAAUCCUUUCCAGAGGUGUGGCUCAACGAUGGUGUUUUGUCCUCUCUGGGAAAAUGCCUGGGUUUGGAGGAUUCCAGAGACCUAAAGGUGCCGGACAUGCUGAGAGGUCUCCAGGAUCUGACUGAGCAGGAGCGGAAGGACGUGCUAAGUACUGUCACCACAUGCCUUGGCAAGGAUGGACAGCUGCAGGAUCUAAAGCAAAGAGUGACUGAAGUCCUGGACUGUGGCGAGCUGCAGGACGAGGGCCCAGCAGGGCCUCUCAUAUGCAGCCUUUUUAAUGCUGCUGGGAAUUUUGUAAAAGAACGUGCAGAAGCCAUUCUGGGCCUCCUGGAUGCCUUGAUAGAGAUCUCUGAGGACUGGCAGCUUGUGGUUGAAGCCUUGGAGAUGGGAGCCCUGCCCCGGCUGAAGGAUGAGGUGAAGUCCAUCAUGGAUAACUGGGGCAAUAUCCCUGACAAGGACUGUAACAUUGAGCAACAGUCCUUCCGUGCCCUCUAUGUUGUUGCCUCCAUCCUGCUGCAGCUCAAGGGGGAGCCCACUUCGGUUUCUUCCUAAUGACAAAAGUCCUUUAACCCAUUCUCCUUGAAAGCCUCUGGGUUCUCCCCUCUGCAGCCCAUUCUCACCACCAGCAGGGCUUUAUAUAAACAAGCGGCAGGGGGCCAGCAGAUAGCAUAGCACUUACCUUGCUGGACUCCCACGUGACCAACUGUGGCUUGAGUCCUGA